AUGCCGGGGCUCCUCGCCUACUCGGGCGCCGGGCUGGGCCUCCUGGCCCUGGCGGCGCUCGAGGCCCUCCAGCCGCGCCUCCGGCCGCUCCCGCUCCUCCCGCGCCGCCUCUCCACGCCGCGGCACCACCGUCACCUCCUCGCCGCGCUGCUCUCCGCGCUCUGCCUCCUCUCGGCGCUGCUCUCCGCGCACCACCUCGCGCUGCCCACGCUCGCCGCCUCCGCGCUCUUCCUGCUCCACUCCCUCGCCCCGUUCGCGUUCGCGCGGCUCGCCGCCCCGCCACCGCCGCCGCUGCUCGACCUCCUCCUCGCCGCGGCCUUCGGGCAGGAGCUGCUGCUCUUCGCGCACCGCCGCCCCUCCACCGCCGCCGGCAUCGAGAACCGCUACUUCGACCUCUUCCUCGUCCCCGUCGUCGUCUGCCUCGGCGCCACCCUGCUCGCCGCGCACCGCCCGGGGGCCGCGCCGCCCCGCCUCGCCCGCGCCGCGGGGAUCGCCCUGCAGGGCACCUGGAUGCUGCAGAUGGGCUUCUCCUUCUUCACCGACGCCAUCGCCGCCGGCUGCGCGCUCCACGCGCAGAGCCGGGCGGACUACACCAUCAAGUGCCGCACCCACGAGGACUACCACCGCGCGCGCUCCGUCGCCACGCUGCAGUUCAACGGCCACCUCGCGCUGCUCGUGCUCGCCGGGGCGGCCACGUACGCUGCUGUCAUCUCCAGAGGGAACGGCAGUCCACCGAGCGGCUACAGGAUGCUGGGCAAGGAAGUGCAGAUGGAGGGCAUGCCAUUGACAUCUCAGUUCACCCUGGAUUCGGAUGAGGAGAAGGAAGAUGAAGGGAUCGCAACCGCAGAGCCACCGGUGGCGAGUGGGGUGAACUCACAUCGCCAGAUCUCCGAGCAGACACCUGAUGAUCCCAAGUGA